CCCCACCCUGGCCCUGCCCAUCACAGACCCCAGCUCCCCCCACCCUGUCUUGCCUAUUCCAGACCUGAGGGGGCUGCUUCUCAGCCCCACCCCCCGGUCCUAGUUCUGCUGCCCAAGGUCCCGCUGACUCUGGCCAGCCUGGCACCAGCUGACCCCCGGGGCCCAGUGACGCUCCCAGGGCAGCCGGGGUUUUCCACGGGCGGGCAGCCUCCCUGUCUGGGAGGCGUCAGGCCCCGGGCUCAGGAGCUGUUCACCCAGAGCACAGGCUGCCGCGGCACCUGGGAGCUGCUCCGGGGGCGUUGGGGGCACACCCGGCUCUCCCCAUGGCCACAGGACAUGCUGGGUCCUGCAGCCUCCCCCAGGGUCCCCAAUAAAGAAACGCUGGCAGUUUCUGCUCAGGAGAAGCUGAAUUCUGGAAUAGCAGGGGGGGGGUCUGUGGGUUGGGAGUGAGGAGCAUCAGCAGAGCUGGAGCGGGCACCCUCGGGCUCUGCCCCGAUGCCCCUCCGGCCCCUUGCCCAGAGCCCAUGGCUGCUGUACCUUUAAGAGGAGCCUGGCCUGGAGGGGAGGGAGGGGGGUCUGAGGAUCCCUGGAGGGAGAGCAGCGCAGCACCCUGUGUCUCCCAGAGCAGAGCCCUCAGGAGCCAGCCGGGCAGCAUGGCCAUCGGCGAGGAGCUGCGGAGCCGGCGGUUCUGGCGUUCCCUGCUGGCGGAGGCAGCUGCCACCCUGAUCUUCGUCUGGCUGGUGCUGGGGGCCUCGUGCCCCGGCGGUCCCGGGCGCGUCACAGCCCCACCCGCCCUGCAGCCGGCUCUGACGGCUGGGCUGGCGGCCGUGGGGCUGGCUCACUGCUUCGGCGAGGUCAGCGGGGCCCAGGCCAACCCGGCCCUCACCCUGGCCUUCCUCUGCACUCGCAAGCUGGAUGCCCUGCGUGGAGCCGCCUACAUCCUGGCCCAGUGCCUGGGCGCCGUCCUGGCCUCGGCCGCCGUCUACCUGGCGCUGCCCGCGGCAGCCGCCAGCCACCUCGUCACCAGGGUGAGCAGCGAGGGCCACGCUGGGCAGGCACUGGCCAUGGAGACCUUCUCCACCUUCCAGCUGGUCUUCACCAUCUUCGCCGUGGAGGACCAGCGGCGCCGGGGGGCGGGCGAGCCGGGCGGCCUGGCCAUCGGCUUCUCCGUGACGGCCGGAGCGCUGGCCGCGGGGACGUUCUCCGGGGGCAGCAUGAACCCAGCCAGAUCGCUGGGCCCGGCCGUCCUGACGGGCAUCUGGGACCACCACUGGGUGUACUGGAUCGGCCCCUCGCUGGGCGCGGUGCUGGCCGGCCUCUCCUACGAGUUCCUCUUCGCCUCCAGCGCCUCCCGGGAGAAGCUGGUCGCCUGCCUGACCUGCCGGGACAUCGACAUUGUGGAGACGGCCAGCGUGUCCCGCUCCUCCCUCUCCACCGCCCCCCAGGAUGCCGCCCAGGCCAAGCCGCCCCCCAAGGGGGAGCAGCGCUGAGCGGGCGCGGCCUCCCCCGCCCCGUCCUGCCCCCCAAGGACCUGCCAGCCUCCAUGAACCACCCCCUCCUCUUGUGAUCCAGCCCACCCUCGCCCCCCUGCUAGCCCCAGUGAGAAUCCCCCAGCCCCAGUGCUGCUCCAGCUCCGGUGCCAGCUGCACCCAGCAGCCACCAGUGGGGGCAGGGGACGGGCGAGGCCAGGGCCACUUCGGAUCAGAACCCGCCACAGCUCAGUCCUGGGGCUCAGGGGAACAGGGCCACCACCUUUGGACAGAGCGUAGCCUGUGCACAGAGCUGGGGGCUGGGAGCCAGGACUCCUGGGUUCUAUCUCUGGUCUAGGGAGGGGAGUGGGGUCUAGUGGUUAGAGCAGGGUGAGGCUGGCACGGUCCAUGCCCACAGCCCUGGUGCUGGCUGGGAGCCCGACGGCUCCUCUGACUGUUGAUAAUUAUUGGCAGCAGCUCCCAGGCUGGCAGCAGUGGGUGGCGUAGCCGGGCCUGGUUCACUGCAGGGCGCUGGGCCCUCCACGUCCCUGUGCCAUUGCUGUUCCCACAGCCCCAGGGGGCAUCGGGGCACCCCAGACAGGGGCCCCGAAGCAGCUGGGGCCAGGGCUGGGUGCUGCGCUGCUGCAUCUGGGCGCCCCACGGACCCCGCAGCCACCGAGAUCAAGGGUAAAACGGCCUCUGGCUUCGUGCCCCCCCUUCGCAGGCUGGGUUUGCUCGUAGGUCUGGACCCUCCCCUGCCCCACAGACACACGCCACCCUGGCUACAGGCUCUCGCGCGCGGCCCCCCCCCAGGUUACUGCUGAUCGCACCCAGAACAAGCCAGCGGCACCACGUGGGAGCGGGGUCCCCCCGCUCUGGCUGCAGCCGGCUGCUCGUUCUCUGGAGCAACCUGCUCCGUGUGUGAUCCGUGGGGCACAGGGCUCGGCAGGCCAAGGCAGAGCGGGGUCCAGUGCCUGGCAGCUGAAGCUGGAGGGGAACGAACCGUCGGGACGGACCGGUGCUGCCCGGAUGGGCCGGGUUCGUUUCACGGGGGGCUGGCAGGGAAAACAAGCAGGCUCGAGAUACCCCACGUCUCAGCAACCCCUGGGGCAGGAGGAGGGCUGGGAACGCAGGAGGGCAGAGGGGCUGAGGCAGGGGCUGGAACGGGCACGUCGCUCGGGGGAAUCCGGCAGGCACCCGCCGAGCUGGGCGGCCGAACGAGCGGCAUGGCAGGGUCCGAGGGACGCACCCCAUCAGUGGGUUUAACCCCCUUCCCCCCCACAUGCUGCCCCGAUUAA